GUUACAUCUUAAGUGUUGUGCUCCUGACUUUACCAAGACAACACCUGGUUCAGCUUUACCUGUACUUUUUGACUGCAUUGCUGCUUUAUGCUGGGCACCAAAUUUCCAGGGAUUAUGUGAGGAGCGAAUUGGAAUCAGGAUAUGAAGGGCCAAUGUACUUGGAACCUCUCUCUAUGAAUCGUUUCAUGACUGCUUUAGUAGGUCAGCUGGUGGUCUGUACGCUCUGCUCCUGCGUCAUGAAAACAAAACAGAUCUGGCUCUUCUCUGCACACAUGCUCCCUCUGCUGGCACGGCUCUGCCUGGUCCCUUUGGAAACCAUUGUCGUCAUCAACAAAUUUGCCAUGAUUUUCACUGGUUUGGAAGUUCUCUACUUUCUGGCAUCAAAUCUUCUGGUGCCCUAUAACUUGGCAAAAUCUGCGUACAGAGAGCUUGUCCAGGUGGUCGAGGUGUAUGGUCUCCUGGCUCUGGGGAUGUCUCUGUGGAACCAGCUGGUCGUCCCAGUUCUUUUCAUGGUGUUUUGGCUUGUCUUAUUUGCUCUUCAGAUCUAUUCCUAUUUCAGCACACGGGACCAGCCUGCCUCAAGAGAGAGGCUCCUCUUCCUCUUCUUAACAAGUAUUGCAGAAUGCUGUAGCACUCCAUACUCACUGCUGGGCUUGGUCUUCACAGUCUCCUUUGUUGCUUUGGGAGUUCUGACUCUCUGCAAGUUUUACUUGCAGGGUUAUCGAGCAUUCAUGAAUGAUCCUGCUAUGAAUAGGGGAAUGACUGAAGGAGUCACACUCCUGAUCCUGGCUGUGCAGACAGGUUUGAUUGAGCUCCAAGUUGUUCAUCGGGCAUUCCUCCUCAGUAUUAUUCUUUUCAUUGUGGUGGCAUCCAUACUUCAGUCGAUGCUGGAAAUUGCUGAUCCCAUUGUCUUGGCGUUGGGAGCCUCAAGGGACAAGAGUCUGUGGAAGCACUUCCGAGCAGUCAGCCUCUGUUUGUUCUUACUCGUGUUCCCUGCGUACAUGGCCUACAUGAUUUGUCAGUUUUUCCACAUGGAUUUCUGGCUGUUGAUCAUUAUCUCCAGCAGUAUUCUAACCUCUCUUCAGGUGCUUGGGACACUCUUCAUUUAUGUUUUGUUUAUGGUGGAGGAGUUCAGAAAAGAACCAGUAGAAAACAUGGACGAUGUGAUUUAUUAUGUGAAUGGCACAUACCGGCUGCUGGAAUUCCUCGUUGCGCUCUGCGUGGUGGCGUAUGGUGUCUCCGAAACGAUCUUUGGUGAAUGGACUGUGAUGGGUUCUGUGAUCAUCUUCAUUCACUCCUAUUACAAUGUGUGGCUGAGGGCCCAGCUGGGGUGGAAAAGUUUCCUUCUUCGCAGAGAUGCUGUGAAUAAGAUCAAAUCACUGCCUGUUGCCACAAAAGAGCAGUUGGAGCAGCACAAUGAUAUCUGUGCCAUCUGCUACCAGGAUAUGAAAACUGCUGUAAUCACACCAUGUAGCCAUUUUUUUCAUGCGGGUUGUCUUAAGAAAUGGCUGUAUGUGCAAGAAACCUGCCCUCUGUGCCACUGCCAACUUAAGAGCCCUUCACAGCUACCAGGACUGGGACCAGAGCCAGUUCAACAGCCAAAUCCUAGCGCAGAGCAAAAUACCAGACCUGGAGAUGCAGCAGAGCCACCUGGAGCUGAACAUGACCGUGAGCCAGAUGCGAAAGACAGCCCUAGCGAGAGCAGUGGGCAGGCUACUGAUGGACAGGACAGCCUGGAGGCCUCUGCGGGGAUGGAGGGGUCUCAGGAUGUGGACAGUGACACAAGCCCCUGUGUGGCCAGCCAGGGAGCAGCUUGUGCUGCAGAACUAAUUUCAGCCCCAGAGAGGUGCCCCUCUCAAGACCCGGGGGUUUGUGUCCAGCUCUAAGGUGACAGAGGAUGACAUGGGAACAAAUGCAUUACGGAGAUCCAAGUUUGACUCAGAAGAAAAACCCGUCCUUCCGCAGCUGUGAAAGAAGUUUAGCUAUUAAUGCUGGUCAAAAUGUAGUCUCCCAUGCUGAUUUUUGUGGGCUGCUUUGGUAGUGGUAACUCCAGUGAGAUGUAGUAGAAAUGACUCCAGAAGCUCUCUGAACUGUGGGCAUAGGAAGGAUGUCUGGAAAUAAAUUGCAGUGAAACGAGUGUUUUCAAGACGUAGGUGAGGGAUAAGAGGAACGAGAGGUCUGUGAGAGGUUGUAGGCAGAUGGACAGAACGCUAGCUUUUGCUUUGGUCAGGAAGAGGGUAUCGCAUACAGCCGUGUCCCAGGGUACCCGAGAGGCGUUAAAUGCAGCGAGUUGCUGGUCUCUGACUGAGGUGCAGCUUUAGUUGCUGACAAAAUUUUUUAUGGCACAUAAGCAAAAAUCAAAGAUAUAACAGCAGUGAUUGUACUAGAAGACAGAAGCACUCUUAAUACGUCAUGUGUAUGCUUUGGGUGUUCUUGGUGGGGCAAUUGCAUUUGAAUUCAUGUAAUCUAUAGUGACUCUUGACUUUUAUGACAGAGUCUUCAAUAUUUUGAUGUAUAUGAAACUUUUGCUAAUAAUGGGCACAGUCUGGGCUGCAUGAAGUAAACUAAAGCUCUAAUGAACACUUUGACCUCUGCCACCAUGUGCAGGAGGAAAGUGGGAUGAGUUUUAGGGAACAGAUAGAGGCCUUGCAGUACUGUGCUGUGUAAUGUUCAAUGCAGCUGAAUUAAAACAGUAUUAAACUCUGGCGAUAUUUGCACUUUGGGAAUGAGUACAUUAUUGUGUAUGAUCAGACUCCGCAAAUGCCACUUUUAAAGCUGUUAAUAGGUUUGCACCUUUUUUGUUUGACAAGGACAUGUCCAUACUUAAAUUUUUACAUGCAUCAUGGCUUCAAGUAGAACUAGGGACUAGGGUGGGGAAAUAGGUGGGAGUAGGGGGGCAGGCAAUUUUUUUAUGUGAAUUUUGAUAUGAAGAGAAAUUAGUCACUUAUUUAUACGAUAGGCUUGACUCAAGUGUUUUUCAAAGUCAGUAUUCCUAAUGUGAAAUGUGAUACUAUUUUAUUUUUAGUAGUAAAUUUGGAUGUAGACUGACAGACAUAGCUGAAUGUCUUAAUAAAUUACAUUUGAAGAUUUU